AUGUCACCCAGCUGGUCCCCACACCCGGCCCAGCCAGGGGCUCUGACAACCUCGGGUGCCACCAGAUGCAGACCAGAGUCCGAGGCUCUUGCAGGGAGAAGGAUUUAUUGCUUCUGUACUUCUGCCACCUGCAGGACAGAGGAAAACCUGGGCGGUCCCUCUCAGCCCACAGCUCCCUGGACCAUUUUCCAUUUCCCUGCACAGCUGGGUGCUCCUAACUUCCAUAUUCUCUGGUUUUCCGUGCCAGUUCCCAGCCCUGAGAGCAUGGCUUGGAAGGAAGGCGGCACAAGCCCACCCUCGUGUUUCAUCCAGCGCCUGGACCACCUUGUGCUGACUGUGAAGAGCAUCGAGGACACUGUGGCCUUUUAUUCCAAAGUCCUGGGCAUGGAGGUGGUGACUUUCAAGGGCAACCGCAAAGCUUUGCGCUUUGGCCAGCAGAAGUUCAACCUGCACCAGGCUGGGCAGGAGUUCGAGCCCAAGGCUCGGCGCCCCGUGCCCGGCUCUGCGGAUUUCUGCCUGAUCACAGCAGAGCCCCUGGAGCGGCUGCUGGAGCAUCUGCAGGCCUGUGGGGUGGCCAUUGAAGAAGGUCCCGUGGCCAGAACUGGUGCUGUGGGUCCAAUAACCUCCAUCUACUUCCGAGACCCCGACGAGAACCUGGUUGAGGUUUCCAGGUACUCCACGGAUGUGGCUGCAGGCACUGAGGGGCAGCCCUGA